GAAAUGUAGAAGGGUGUGCCCAUACAUACUCCACCUUCUCUCUUUAUAUUCUCUCCUCAUCCAGAUCUCUAUUAAUACUAUAAAAUAUAUCAAGCAAUACUGCAAACUUACAACAGACACUUUGUGAGGAAUAUUAUAAAUCGAACCUGCUUCUGAACUUUAAACUUCUUCAGUCUCACUGCUCAUACACAACAUCAGGAUGUGGAUAAUGUUUUUGGCAGCCAUCUUUGGUUUUCUUUCUUCUUCCAGAUCCGAGAAUUUAACAGUGGGGUCGCGUAGCUGCAGUUAUGUUGGAGUGUUUCAUGUGGAGGGAAGACAACGCUACAGUCUGACAUUUGAGGAGGCCAAGAGCUUGUGUAAACAUCUAUCAGCUUCAUUAGCACAAAUGGAGGAGGUCAAAAAAGCUUAUGAUGCAGGUUUACAGACGUGCAGGUACGGCUGGAUAAACGACAGACGGACAGCGAUCCUUCGUCACAAACCACAUAAAUCCUGUGCAGGCAACCUAGUUGGCAUCAGGUUUUUGGAAAGAAAUUAUUCUGACGCCUUCUGUUACGAUGCUAAAGAUUUGUCAGCAAAAAACUGUACAGCUCUGUCUGGCAUUUAUUUAUCUGGACCUGAGAAAUCAGAUGGUGACCCUGGCUUGGCAUCUGCAGAUCAUGAAAACUCCACAUCUAACAUUACACGCCUGAAUGACACAACAGCCCUCGAGUCGUCUACUGAAAUCUAUUGGACCAAUGAUGGCUCUGCAUCUGUAAAUGCCUCACAGAGUUCUACAAAGGACAAUGAGACUGAUCAAACUUACAGAGAGAACUCAGAUCAUGGAAACUCGACAUCUGACAUUACACGUCUGAAAGACACAGCAGCCCUCGAGUCGUCUACUGAAGUCUAUUGGACCAAUGGUGCCUCUGCGUCUGUAGAUGAGAGUUCUACAAAGAACAAUGAGUCUUAUCAAACUGGCAGAGAGAACUCAGAUUGGCUGGUUAUUUUACUUGCAAUUUUGGCGGUUCUUGUCAUUCUGCUUUUGUGUGUUGUGGCAGCAACAAGAAAAAGCUGUUGUGGUAGGAAACAGACUCUGGUUAUCACAAAGGUGAGCAGUGCUGAGGGAAAUGGCACAUCAGCAUCAUUCACUCAACAUCAAGAGACAAUCAAGCUCAUGAACACUGAGAAGGUCCCUGCGAGCAACUCAGAGGUUGUCGACAUCAGUCUUAAUGAAUAGCAGAGCAAACCCAGCAGGAAUAAGAAAGAAAACCAAAGAAGAAUUACAUUGUGAAGAAACCUGUCAAACGACAGGGCUGCCAACUCCCACACAUUCACAAUUGACUCUGUUCUCACCUUGUCACAACACACAUCCAUUUUCUCACGCAGGGCCAUACCGAAUAUUUUUGUCUGUGGUGUGUAAGAAUAUUUUUUAUGAAAUAAUUGUCUAAAGGCCUAGCUGCAAUUUGGUGCUGCAAAGCAUGGGUUUGGACCCUGGUAAGGACUCUGGCACACUGAUGUCUUAUAUUUCUGUGAUGUGAGUGCUUUGGUGCCUCGUGCAACAUGACCUCUGGUAUUUAUCAAGAACAGGUAGAACCGAGUACUCUGCGACUUCAUUUUUUUAAUACUGCUAUUUAAAAUCACUUUAAAUAUUCUGUUACAUAUCAGUGCAGCAAUUCACAGCAAAUUGUUCAGUGAUCUUGCUAGCGAUGUGAUUUUUACCAAAUACAAUAAACGUUUGUAUGUUCAAAAA